AUGCGCAGGGCAACAUCCUGUCCAGACUUUGGCUCGGAAGAGCCACUUACACAGAUCUACAAACAAACAAAUUCCAUAAUAGACGACACACUGAGAGUCUGGUGCAAGUUGCGCUACGCCCGACAACUGACAACUUCCCCGAACCCCCUAACUCCCAUCACAUAUAACCCCGGCCUGGCUGGGGGACUACACCCGGCGGCCCUUAAACGUUUCCACACAACAGACUGGAACUAUAUGCACCAGUGGAGUGUGGGAG